UGGCUUCGUCUCGCUUGGCAACACCUCGAAAGUAGCUGCAAGAUGUCAAGGUCUUAUGACAGAGCCCUCACGGUCUUCUCGCCCGACGGGCACCUCUUCCAGGUCGAGUACGCGCUUGAGGCGGUGAACAAGGGAACCUGCGCCGUGGGCGUGCGGGGAAAGGACACAGUCGUGCUCGGCGUUGAGAAGAAGAGCGUGCUUCAGCUUCAAGACCCCCGAACGAUUCGCAAGACGGCCAUGCUCGACGACCACAUCUGUCUCGCCUUCGCUGGUCUCACAGCGGACGCACGUAUUCUCAUCGACAAGGCUCGUGUCGAGUGCCAGUCGCAUCGUCUCACCGUAGAGGACCCGGUCACUGUCGACUAUAUUACCAGACACGUCGCAGGGAUCCAACAGCGCUACACGCAAUCAGGUGGUGUCAGGCCGUUUGGCAUUUCGACUCUCAUCAUCGGUUUCGACCAGAGCGAGAACAUCCCCCGGCUUUAUCAGACGGAGCCCAGCGGGAUGUAUAACGCAUGGAAGGCCUGCGCGAUUGGACGUUCGAGCAAGACGGUGCGAGAAUUCUUGGAAAAGAACCACGAAGAAGACAUGACGAAGGAGCAGACGAUUAAGCUGGCUAUCAAGAGUCUCCUGGAAGUGGUGCAGACUGGAGCAAAGAAUAUCGAGAUUGCGCUCAUGGAAGGACACGGGAAGGUCCGGAAUCUGGAGCUGUCUGAGGUGGAAGAGGUUGUCAAGGAGAUUGAAACGGAAAAGGAAGCAGAAGCCGAAAGGAGGCGGACGAGACUUGCGGCCACGGCAGGUGCACAGGCUUCCAUGACCGGCGGUGGCUCUUGAGAUGUGUCCUCCCCAGUGAAGGGAAAUCCAAUGAUGGCAAUUUACUGGCUAAAAGUACAUGUUGUUGGUGGCUCGUCCGUUAUGGUGAUGCCUCGUCUUUUGAGAAUGCAUCAGCG